UCCCUAAUGCGUCUCUUGCGCUUCCUCAGCAAAGCAGCUGCAUGAUCCUAAUUGAGGGACUUCAGUGACAACGCAUUUUGUUGGUCUACAUUCUUCUUUCUACCACAUUUUACAGCACAGUGGGGCUGCUGUUCAUGUAGUCAUUUAAGGAAUCAUAUUUCUUUAAGCAUUGAUACUCCUGGCAAGGAUGAUAUGAAUUGUCUACGCAGUUUGUACAUUGUCUAUUUAUAUAUAGACACCAAUCCUGGGCACCCUCAUUGCAGCAUUCAGGUGCUAUAGGAAGUCCACUCACACCUGAUCUCUUUCACUUUCUCCUCUUACCUCUUCACCUCAUUUUUCACUCUUCCUUCACAAAUACCUGUUUGUCUUUUUUUUCUAACAUGUUAUCUCCCUUCAUUUAACUAGUUACCAAAAAAAAAAAAAAUCCAGAAGUUGUUAGUUAACACGUUACCAAUAGGUAAGGCUUUAUAAAGGGAAGGCCCUGGAACGUGGCUCCAGCCUGUUACUUAGGCUAAGUAGAAGGGAACUAUGGGAGAGUGACUCAGCUGGAAUAAGGGUAGAGAAACAUCAGAGAUGAGACUUGAGAGACGUGAGACGUGCUGUGUGACUGCCACAUGUCCACAUCCUGUCUGCAUCGUGGUGUAUGGUGGUUGACUUGAGCUUGUUGUGCCUUAAAACUGUGUAAACUGGUAACAGGCUAAUGCUUAAAAAGGCUGGGUUUUUGGCAAUAAGGAGCACUCCUUUGUACCUGCCUGGGGUCCCUUUGUUACUCAUUACCCCAACAAAUGCAGAGUUUUUGUACACUGCCACCUCCAUUUUAUUUAAAACACUACAAUUUAAAAAAAAAAAGCAAACAAAAAGGGAUGGAAGAUAAUGGAAUUUUUAUAAAACAAAUAUUCAUUUAGCUCUGACACAUUAACAAAGGUCAAUAACUUCUUGGUGUGCAAAACAGCUGUGACUCCAAACAUUUUCUGAAAAAUGGAAAGACAUUUACACAAAUGUUUUAUAAGAAUGGGUACUCAGCUCAGAAAUGUUUUUAGGAAAUUCUUCAUUCCCAGUUAUGUGGAUGUUGUCAGAGUUUGCUUGUUUGUCGGAGGCCCUACACCCUCAGUGAAGCAGCCUGAACUCAGUGGAGUUUCUUACUGGUUUGUGUACAUCAUCUUUGGCUAGAAGACAAACAGGGAGAUGAUGACAAGACCAAAAAGUGGAUUUGGCAGCGUGAAGAUUAAAAUUGCAGUAUGUCAUGUGUCUAGAAACAAUUAAAUAUUUAUCUACUGCCUAAGUAUCAGUAUCAACAACAUUGGCAAAUGGGUCAUCAGCAUUUAGCAAGGUAUGUAUUAGUGACAUACAAGACUACUUAGAUACAUUUCAACUUCUAUGCCCUAGAUUUGCAAAGUCAAAUUAAUAACAGACUGGUAAGCAGCUACUUGGCAACUGUACAGUGAAAACACCCUUCUCACUACAGACUGUAUAUGUACACAGAGAGAGAGAUAAAGUACACUGUCCCCACCUGUCACAGGUCUGCUGAGAUGUGAAGCUGGGCUGUUUCAUAAUUACAGAAGUAAAUAGUUUUAAUGAACAUAGUUUUAAUGAAACCUGUCAUUAUAUGAUCAAGUCUUCCUCAAAACAAAAAGAUUUUAUAGAAACAACUGCAGUAAUGUAAACAUAAGGAGCAAAAUCUGUCUCCACAUCUUCCAAAACUGCUCUCUAGAAAUUUCUACCAUGGCAUCAUUGAAGAAGCUUGUGCAUAUUUUAAACGUAUGAUUUUCACCAGAUCUGAAUGAGAGAUGGAUAUAAAAAAGUAUCUGAGGGAUGUUAUCCCUUGUAACUUUGUGAAUAAAUUACUUUUCUUUUUCCCAAACAAUGAUUUUUUUUUAAAUUUACUCUCAUGGGUAGUUAUUGGACUACAGCUAGUUUGCAAACUUUCAGGUUAAUAGUAAAGUGGUAAGGUUAUUCUGUCUACUGUGAUUUUUGUAAAUCCAUUUUGCAUGUCCACUUUGCCCAGAAAUAUAAGCCUAACUGUUCUGCCAAAGGCCUUACUAUAUGUUCUUGUUGAGUAGCUAAAAAGUUGUUUCUGGCCAAUUUUCCAUUAUAUUGUUAUUUUUAUGGUAAAUGUAAUGUCUAGGAAUCUCAGUCAGGAUGACAGGGUUCGUAAGCAUUGGAUCUUCCUUUUCCAAGGAGGUUAUCCAUGUAAAAAUCCACCUUCAUUGACAUUUUGUGCUAUCUCACUCAUUUCUGUAUGGUCUUUUAAAGGUGAGAGGCUCAUUUAUCCCUCCCUAACCCAGUGAGGGAUAUAGGAUAUGAAAUUUAGAAGAUUAUAUUAAUAAUUAGCAUAACUAAAGGAUCAGCAAGGAACAAGUGUAAGCUAUGAAAACAACAUACUGACACUUUUCCUCAGAGAAUUAAAAAGCUAAUUUCUGAUCUUAAGUCACAAAUUAGUGUUGUUUCUGUUGACAGAACCUUUUCCCUGUCUUCUCUAUAACCACAGACAGAAUGCUGGAAUGUGUGAGAUAACAAACAAAAAGCUGAAAGGAAAUAUAUAUGUAAACAAAUAGCAUUAUGGAUAAAACUGAACAUUUAAAGCAGUACUUACAUACUAUCUAAACAGGCAUUGACAUCUUCAUCUUUUUCAUACUCCUUGCACAGCUGGGCUACCAAAGCCCCAUAUGUGAGUACAAAAAGUUCUCUGCUCUGUCAGAAAAUACGAAAAUCAAAAAUGAAGCAAGCUAAAAUCCAACACUUCCAUGUUUUUAAACUGCUGCUCAUUAAAAGCAAGUAAAAAUACCAUUCAAAUUAAUAAAGAAACUUUUGUCCAUGGAUGCAUAAUCACUGAAAUCUAUGGAUGCAUAAUCACUGAAAUCCAUAUUUCAAGCAUGACAGAAUCUAUAUUGAUUCUCACUUGAAUUUGUAAGGGAUUUUGGUUGUCAUAAGUAUCAUUUCUUGGUAUACUCAGAGUUACUAUCAUCAGUAAUUCUUGCAUCUUGAGUGUAUGUAUGCUGGAUUGACAAAUUCUGUCAAGUGUCAUCCAAGAAUAAUAACAAACAGCAGCAGGAAAAGAGGCAAUGAGCUCUUAAUUCUUUUGCAGUACCACAAGAGUUCACAAAGGUAGGGUUGAUCUGAUUCAAAUCAUUAGCUGCUUUCUAUAAAAAAGUAAAAAAGUAGAUGAAAAUUUAGCUCAGAAUAAUGAAAAAAUACUAUAAUUCAGUACAAGGGUAAAGAAUAACAAGAUAAAAGGGAUGGUGAGGAUUGCAGCCCCUUGCCCAAGGAACAUGGAGAGCAACUGAAGAUACCAAAGGUAUAUCUCGGCACUGGUCCUGCCACAAGCACUACUGUGGGGUCUUCAGGUGUGCAACAAUUUUGAGGAGAGUUUCCUUCUCUCCCGGCCCUGUCAGAUCAUAUCCAUGCACUGCACAACUGUCUGUAUUUAGCAGGAGUAGCAGCUGUCCUUUAAGUGAGAGAUUGGAUUGACUCUUACUAAACAUCUUGGACAGCAAUUAAUUAAAGGAAGUGCUACAGCCCUGUGACAUGUGGUCAGACCAGAGCUGCUUUUUGUCUCUAGCCUGUGGAAAAAUAAUAGUGAAUACCAAUAAAAACAACAGAACAAAUCACACUGGCAAAGUAAGAACAGCUGGGUGGAAAGUUCUGCUUCCUUUGCAUCAGAAGUUUGGAGUUGAAUCAGUGUUUCUGUUUCAACAAGUCACUAUUCAAAAUCUUAAGCAAAACCAUUUGCAAGCUCAUUUUAGUGAUAACUCCUAUUUAAAAUAAUAUUGUACCCUUGGCCAAAUUGUCACUAACUAGUUUUCAAUGGAGUAAAUGGAUGUCACACAGGUCCUGUAUUGUUUUGUUAUUAUUGUUCAGCAAAAAGUCUCUGUUGCAACAAGAAAAUUACCUCAGAGAAACUUAAGCAUAAUAUAUCAAUGUAAUCAAAUUUAUCAGCCACCCUUGCAAUCCAUUUGAAUACUUUUUGUCUGUAAACUUAGGUAUAUUAACUGUAAUUUUAUUACACUAUUCUAUUUGUUUUUCAGUGGAGACCUCUGUCCUCUUUUCAGAAAUUGAUACAACAUUGUCUUAAAGUCUUCUGGAAUUUUUCCACUGCCCAGCUCCUGUCAAAAAUCACCAAUCACCAUAGAGAAAGCCCACAGGCUCUAAACUCCUGAAGAAAGGUUUGUGUGGAAUCGAACCAUUCAAGCAUAGAACAGAGAUCUCCUUCUCUCUGUGUUUCAUUGAAUGACUCUAACUGCAAAGUGCUUAUCCUGGUGAUGGGGACAGUAACUUCUCCCAGGGCCAAAGAGACCAUGAAAAUGACUUGGCAGCCUGCAUCCAGACUGUGACCUGGCAGAUCACAGGACAUGGGCGGUUCUUCCCUCUACUCCCACAGGAAAUCUGUCAUGCAGGCCAGCCAGCUGUCACCUCAGGUAGUGGUACUUUGGAUUGCAUCCAGUCCUAACUCUUCCUUGAAAUUGGACAAAGAGCCUAAAUGUCUACCUCAGGACCCUGGGUUCCUCUGCAAAGGCAGCUGGUUCCUCCAGAGCUGACCCGGGCGAGAGAUGAAGUGAUUCUCCUCCUCCGGUACCAGUCACAAGUGGCUGGCUGGCUUUUGAUUGCUGUGGUAGUCAUCACUGUGUUCCUUUCUUACUGCCUGGCCAGCUGUUUCUCCCCGCUCAGCUUUCUACACUUCAGAUACUGGAACAGCUAUGUCCACAAUGAACAGGAGCUCUUCGAUGAGGCGACAGAGCAGCACUCCAGGCUCUAUGCCAUGCAGAAUGUAAGGAAGUUCUUUGGCUUUGUCCCAGGAAGUGAGAGUGUGAAGGAAAUUCGUAUCCCAUCUCUCAGGGAGUGGCAGGCCAUUUCUGGACUAGCCUUUCUGAAACGAGUGGAUAAGGAGCACUAUGACUACAGCCUUCUCCAUGACUGGGCACUCAAGGAGCGUGCAAGUGGAAAGUAUCUGAGGAUUGAUGAAGACCCUGGGAUUAUAACACAGCUCUGAAGAUCCAAGACCCCAUAAUACUUUGCAGAAAAGCAGGAACCUGUCUAGCUCUAUAUGAGACCUGAGCUGCACUGGAACUUUCCAAUACAGUAUGACACUGAUGUAUAAAUUAUGUGAGCAAGUGAAUCUUGUUAAUGUAGUCCUUCAGUACCUGCUUACAGAUGCCUUUACUGAUGGCAUUUUGACUCCUGUGGGAUGUGGUGAUCUAUGCCUAGAUUAGGGUGAGCUAUUUCAAGCUUCAGCUCUCUGCUUUCUAAUAGUUAUGCUGAAAGGAUAAGUAUGUACUGAGAAAGUUAUUUACAAAUGCUUUUAAUUUUUUUUCUUUCCAUUAAAAUGAUCUUUAAGAGGUAGACAUUGACUGGAUCCUAUGAAUUGGUCCAUUCUGUAUGGAGCAAGGGCAGCUAUCCAGCUUUUCUUUAGUGACACCUGGCAGAAAUUAUUUAUUUCUCCUCUUCUGCCUUUUUUUUUUUCUGUAUUAUAUAAGUAAUCUACACUGAGCUAACUAGUAGUUAAGUCUGGCGCUACAGUAGCAUGCAGGAAACACAUGGGGAAAUUUUAUCAUCAAAGGCUGAGUUUAGAUACAAUGAUGAGAGAACUUUAAAUUCUGAUAAGGAGAGAAAAUCCCCACUGAGGCUCAUGGUGGAGGUGUGUUAACACAUAGCAGCUGUAUGAGCAAACACCUGACAUAUGGCAAACUGAGUUGAAAUGUAUUCUGGCUGAAAGAAAUAGCAAGGUCAGUCUCCUAUUUGGAAAUACUCGAAAUCUCCAAGGUGUUUGUGUGCUUGUCUACUGUACAAAUAGCAAAUGAGGAUGGGAAAAAUCUCAGUCUGUACGGAAGGGUUUGCUUUGCCUCUGUAAACUUGUAAUUUAUACAUAUACUAGCCUCAUGAAAAUGGCUGUGAUUAAAAACUGAGCUUUUUGAAGAAGGCUUAAUGAUGUUUUUGUGUUAAGUCAGUUUGGUAUGAUGUCUGGCCAUUUUUGUACACGUAGACAUGUGGGUUCCAAAGCCAUAUGCUAUGGACACUAUAGGAUGCUAUCUGCUACUAAUAAAUGACCCCAGGGGCUUGAAGUAGAAAAAUUGAAUUAUUUAGUACAUUUUAUUAGAAAAUGCAGGAGUCAGAACUGCUCCCUCCCUCCCCUCCUCAUCUGGAUAGGGGAGAAAGAAUAUAAGGAAAGGCUCAUGGGUUGAGAUGAGGACAAGGAGAGAUUACUUAGCAAUUACUAUCAAGGGCAAAACAGACUCCACUUGGAGAAAUUAGUUGAUCAUCAAUGAAAUCAGAGAAGGAUAAUGAGAACUAAACCUGAAUCCUAAAGUAUCUUUCCCCACCACCUUCCUUCUUCCUGGGCUGAAUUCCACUCAAAUUUUCUACCUCCUCCCCUCCAGUGGUGCAGGGGGUGUGAGUGAAUGGGGUUGUAGUCAGUGCAUCACAUAUUGUCUCUGCUGCUCCUUCCUCCUUAGAGGGAUGGCUCCUCACAUUCUCCCCCUGCUCCAGCAUGGGGUACUUCCUCCCAGGAGACAGUCUUCCACUGCCUUCUCCAGUGUGGGUCCUUUACAGAAGCUGCAGU